AGGUGCCCGUUACAUCCGGGCUUUUUCUUCAAACGCUUGCAAGAAUUUUGCAAAUCAGACGGAUGAAGCUUUCGAAUAUUGAAGUCUGUUGUUUGGAAUUUAGAUUCACGUAGUUCAAUAUAUGGAUGUAUAAACCCGAAUAUAUUCAGGUUAUUCAGUAUAUUCCGGGCUUGUUUGUUCAUUUGAUUUUGUGAAGACUGUUGUGAGCUAAAUUAGCGAUCCAACAUGGGGUGUGUAACGAGUUCAGAAGACAAGGUGGCUAUGGAGAGGUCCAAACAAAUUGAUAAAGGACUGAGGGCCGAUGGUGAAAAAUCUUCUCGAGAGGUCAAAUUAUUAUUAUUAGGUGCAGGAGAAUCUGGAAAAAGUACAAUUGUAAAACAAAUGAAAAUUAUACACGAGAAGGGAUAUUCACAAGAAGAAUGUUUACAGUAUAAACCAGUUGUUUACAGUAAUACUAUUCAAUCUAUGAUAGCUAUUAUUAGAGCUAUGGGACUUUUAAAAAUUGAUUUUGGUCACCCAGAUAGAGCUGAGGAUGCUAGAAGAUUUUUCUCCCUGGCCGGUAAUGCAGAUGAAGGAGAGUUAUCCCCAGAAGUGGCUGGAAUUAUGAAGAAAUUAUGGAAAGAUUCGGGUGUACAGGAGUGCUUUGGCCGAUCUCGCGAAUACCAGCUCAACGAUUCAGCUGAAUACUAUCUGAAUGCUAUGGAUAGAAUAUCACACGCUGGUUACAUCCCAACAGAACAAGAUGUAUUGAGAACUCGAGUUAAAACUACUGGUAUUGUAGAAACACAUUUCACAUUUAAAGAUCUUCAUUUUAAAAUGUUUGAUGUAGGAGGACAGAGAUCAGAAAGAAAGAAGUGGAUUCAUUGUUUUGAAGGAGUAACAGCUAUCAUCUUUAUUGUUGCUAUGAGUGAAUAUGAUCUUACUCUUGCUGAAGAUCAAGAAAUGAAUCGUAUGAUGGAGAGUAUGAAAUUAUUUGAUUCAAUCUGCAACAACAAAUGGUUCACUGACACAUCUAUCAUUCUCUUCCUCAACAAAAAAGAUUUAUUCGAAGAAAAAAUCAAAAAGUCCCCACUUACUGUCUGCUUCCCAGAAUUUUCAGGAGCCAACACAUAUGAAGAAGCUGCUGCCUACAUUCAAAUGCAGUUUGAGAAUCUCAACAAACGAAAAGACACAAAGGAAAUCUACACACAUUUUACCUGUGCAACUGACACAAACAAUGUACAGUUUGUCUUUGAUGCUGUCACUGACGUCAUUAUUAAAAACAAUCUCAAAGAUUGUGGUCUUUUCUAAAUUUCUUGAAGUUUUUAUGGUUGAAGUUUGGUAAAAGAAAAUAUGGAAUUAUCUCCCUUAUGUUUUUAAAUGUUUUUCUGGAGCAAAAUUACCAUCGCUUAUCUUGACACAAUUAGCUGGCGUUGGCACACAAUUUGAAGCUAAUUGAAUUGUAUUGUUUUCUCGACAUAACAAUGGGUUAUUUGAACCUGGAUAAUUGUGCUGCGUUCAACACCGCUAUCAAUUGGUGAUAGGGCAAAGCGUGACUCAACAGAUCUUAAUUAUUAUUAUAACAUGGACUGUUGAGGAUUGAUCCUGUGCUGCCUUGGCGAGUAGUUUUUAUGAAAGCAAGUUGGUGAAGGCCUGUUUGAACGCGGUAUUUAUUAUAAAUUUUUUUUUUUUUUUAUAUAUAGCAGGUCUUGUAAUGACUUUGAUUUGUUAAACUUUGAAAAUUAUUGUUUGCAUUAAAAAAAUCAAAACCACUUUGUCAUUGUUACGAGAGCUUACGAUCAUGCAGUAUUGUUACGUAUUGGGGUAAAGGCUUCAAAUAAAAUGAGACUUGGGGGUUCAUUUUACGGGAAAUUAGGUCAUAUGAGUUUUAGGUUAAUUAUUGCAACAUUAAAUGCAUGAUUAUUUUGAUGGAAUAACAAUUUGUAAUGGAGAAUUAUUUUGUCAAUAUUUUCUUGAAGUAUAUAUUUGAUUGGUGAUAUAAUCCUUUCAAACCAUAAAUUAAAUGUAAUGAAGUAUAUUUUAGCGAGAAUUUACAUAUGUUGAUUUUAAUUGUGAAUAUUAUUUUGUGACCAGAGGCAUUUUAAAAAUUAGUUACGUAAUGUAUCAUUUGUCAUAUAUGCUGCAUUUAAAUCAUGUCUAAUAAGUAUGAAAAUAACCAAAGAAUUAGUUUAUUUUUUUGAUUAGAUGUAGUUUAUAAAAUUGAUUUUGUGUGGACUCAAUUCUAUCAUUAGUUAAAUAUGUAAAAUUGAGAUAUGCAAAAGUGGUCACCAAUAAAUUUUUGGUAUUUCAAUUUUAUAUUUUUCAAUCAAAAUAUUGUUGAAUCCUACAUUGAAAUGAAAUAAAAUCAAAGGCUCACAGAGAAUUUUACAACUGGUCAAGUUUGUGAAUUACUUCCCUUUAAAAUAGUGUAACAUGAAUCACAAAUACUUAGCUGUUCUUUUUCUCCGUAUAUUUGAUGCUUCACUUAGAAAGAGGAGAAAAUCUACCUCUAAUUUAAUUUGCAUGUCUGUCUCAAGCUGUUUAUUUGACGUAGUUUAGAAAUUAUUGAUGAAUCUAAGUAAUCUUGUUGAUGACAAUUUCUAGUCCUUUGUUGCUAUAGAGACCACAGACCCUCGCGAUUUUAAAAGCUGAUGUCUUUAUAUUCUCAUGGCUGUAAGUUCGUAAGACACCAAGAUAAGACAUGCGGGGAGCAUCGCUGAGAGUUUGGGAGGGUCUGGGGUAUGACAAUUUGUAUGAGAUUGUAUAUAUAUAUAUUUCGUAGCUACAUGUAUGAAACAAUUUCAACAGGUAUGUCUAGUAUGUUAUAGUUCACAAGUCUAUCUGAUUUUAUUUGAUGGGGAUAUUUUGAUUCAGUUUUUAAUUUUUCUUUGAUAGUAUAGAUCUACAUUUGUACGAAUUUCCUCAAAAAAAAAAAAAAAAAAAAAUAGUAGGCCUACUGUUAUACAUUAAAUUAUUAUCUAUCUAGCAUUUAUAAAUGAUAUUAAUGUGACAGGUCAUAUUAGGAUUACCAUCUAAUGAAUCUGGAUUGAUAGGUUUUAUUUUGAGGGAUGUUAAAGUUGACUAUAUCACUGAUUUAAGUGGUAGCUAUUCAAUACCAUACACCUGUUAAAAUCAAUCUGUGAUGGCAGUGUGUCCUUUUAUUUUUAACAAUUUCUUGUCUUGCGGUAUAAUCAGUAGACUUGUGAGCCAUACAUGUAGUUAUUCCUUGAUGGAUGUACACAUAAAUGCUUAUUGUUGUAAAAAAAUAAAGGUCCCACAGACAAUUGGUGCAAAUAUUCCAGCUUCUUUCAAGACCGCAUUUAAUUAUGUUUUCUCAUUUUUCUUUCUCUCCCUUCUACUCUGUUCUAUUCUAUGAUCUAUAUUGUAUAUGCACAAAGAAUAAUUAAAAUGUCUGGUCCUUCUAGUGCCUAAUACAUGAUAGGCCUCGACCAGGUAGAUGAUUAUAAUCAGGGAGGUUUUUAAAAUAAGCAAGUCUAUUUAAAUGUAUUUGACCAAUAUUUGUAGAGGUUCCCUAUUUCUUGCACAAUUAUGGGCGAUUCCUGCAUAUAUGAGCAUAUGUCUUGAAUAAUAGUUAUGUGGCUUUGUACAUGUAUUAGUUUCUGCAUCAAUAUCCAGGAAAACUUAUUUUGGACCAUGUCAAUAAUACAGAUUCUAUUUUAGAGAUUUUGUUUUGUUUAUUCAACACUGAAAUAAUUCUCAUGAUAUCCCUCCAUACCUGUCCUUAUUUUGUAUUGCUUAUUGUUUGUAUUUUGUUUUUUCUAUUAUUCUUGUGCUUUUGAUUAUAUUUUGUGCAAUCUUAAUGUGGUAUUUACUUGGAAUAUAGAAGUAAAGCUAGACCUCUAUUUCGCUGAGCCUUUUAAUUUUAGACUGUUCUAUGGCUGAUACAAUUUUCCUAAUUUUAGUUAACUUAUUAAGAUAUAAAGUCAGAGAUUUCGAUUCAGACUUAUUUGCCAAUCUUGACGAGCAGUUAUUUUGACUGUGGGAGAUGUAGAACUUACCUGUUAGUCAAUAUACAUGCUCUGAAAUUAGAAUUUAACCUUAAAGCGCCAUAAACACAGGUAAAUUAUUAGUUUUUAUGUGUAAAAACAUCAAAAAAAUUUAAAAAGUAAUAAUAAUAGGAUAAUUCUUGCUGAUCCAAGGUUGACAAAUGACAUGAAAAAGGUGAAAGCCCUGGUCAUAGUAUUCUUGAAAUAUUUUCAAAAUUGAAAACUAAUCUGAAAUUUUAGUGAAAUAGGGGUCAGAAGAAAAACUAUUAAUGAAUAAAAAUAAUUAGACAUGUAAGUUGAUUAUAAAUAUCUGAAAUACUUGUCCCCAGGAAUAAUUAUGUAGUAUAUCUCUGUAAUCAUUUAUUAUCUAUCUAUAUAUACACACAUGUAUAUGAUUAUUGUCUGGCAGUGUAUUAAUAUCUUUUAACUGUUAAUUCCAACUUUUAUUAGUAAUGUCUUGUUUUUAUUUGUUCUUCAAUGGAAGAAAUUAGUCGUUUAUCUGUCUGUCAAUCAAGUUCAACGAAUAUCUCUGAGAUUAACAAUUUAGUAUGAAUUUGUUCAUUUUUGUUAUCCCAUGUCGAAGGAAAUGGAAAUAAUAUGUGAUCGAUAAAAAUGCUUUCAAGGACAUCAAAAUCAGUAGAUAUUAACCAUAUGUCCAAAAUAAGCAGGAGAGGUGGUGUGUAUCCUGAAAGGGGAGAUAACUCAUUUGAAUAGAUUUGACAACCGACUGAUUUCUUUCAAUAAUUAUAAUUAUAUACUGUACACCUUAAUAAUGGCAAUUAAUUAACCAAGACAUUUUAUGUAAAUAUAACAAAAAACCCACUGAUGGCCUUGAUGUUAAUACCGGUUUCAUAAUUAUUAUUGUAUAACAUUCAUGAUUGUUAAAAUGAAUGAAAACAUCUUGCCAUGAAAUUUGAUCAAAGCAGCAGUUGUGGUUGAAUCCUGGGAGAAAAAAUUGGCCAAAUUUGGAAUAUAUGUGUCUUUGUGUCCGAUUUUAAGCAAAAUGUACCAUGCACCCAUUUUGGUUAAAUGGUAGCAGAUCUCCAAAUGAUAUUGGGGCUUUGGUCAUUCCCAAAAAAUAUUGACUAACAUUUUUUUUUAAGGAACCACAACCAUAACUUUACAGUAUUUGUAAUAAUAAAAGGAAUUGUCUCAAUUAUAAGAAGAUAUAAGUGUGGUAUUAUAUGUUAUGUACAUAUGAAUCUGUCUUUGUUAACUAUGUUUGUAUUUAUUCAGUCGGUCAAUGAUACUAUCUGACCAUGUGUCAUCUUGUCGCGUUGUAAAGUGAAAAUAAAUUUUAGAUAUAAAGUGCAAA